CACAAUCACUUCUGCCUCAUCAGCUACGAGACAUGCGUCUUCCUGUGCCGUUCCUUCUUUCUUGCGUCAGCUUAGUAGCCGGCCAGUACAACAGCCGACCUUACCAGGUGACCACUCCUGUGCCAAUUCUCAAGCAAAUAAACAAGCACAACGAAGAUGGUAGCUAUAGUUAUGGUUACGAGGCGGCUGAUGGUUCGUACAAAAUCGAAUCAAAAUAUCCAACCGGUGAAGUUUAUGGGAAAUAUGGUUUCGUUGAUGAUACUGGAAGUGUUCGAGAGAUCGAAUAUGGUGCAUCUCGACGUGGAUUCGAACCAGCAGGAGCUGGAAUCAACGUACCACCACCGACCUUGACCUCAUCCAAUAGUAUUGCGAACGGACCCGAGGACGAUGGUCAAUAUCGUGAAGACCCAUCAGUUUAUUACACCGAUCCAAGAUAUACCAAUGGUGAACGUUACGAACCGAGGCCACCAUCUCAGCCCUAUAAUCUUCAACGACGUCCAACCUUCGAUGCUCGUUCUUCUUUACCAAGUAAUCCUCCACCGAUAGCACCUCGAAUGUCGGCGUUUCAAUCCGAGGCCACGUAUCGACCACAAUAUCAACCGCAAUAUCAAGGACAACAGGGACAAGGGAGAUCCUUGUAUACGCCGAUGGCAUACCGAGCCGGAUAUCAGGGACAUCCGGAACCUAACGUGGUCUCCAAUGCUGGCACAGCAUCUUAUACUAUAAAUUACAAACGAUAGGAGAAGAUUUUUGAAACAAAUCAAAAUGACAUCCUAUAGAAUGUAAUCUCGAUAUUUCUUCUUUUCUUUGUACAUAAGUUAAUUUAAUUUUUAACUCUAUCAAAUAUUUUUCUUUUCUUGUAAUUUACGUAACCAAAAUUCAUAGUCUUGUUUUUUUUUUUUUUACAAUUUAGUUUAGGUUUACAAUACAAUGUGCAUUAUAGUAAAUGCAAUGCGAAUAAAGGCUGCUUUUUGUAACAUAGACAAAAAAUAUUAUUCGUCUUAAGUAAAAUUAUAAAUACAAAUAAA